AUGCCAUGGUGGCUCCUUGCAGCUGGUCUGCUGUGCUUUGCCGGCCUUUUGGUCGAGGCCAUCUCCGUGCGCUGCGAAGGGGGCUUGCCAGCAGCGGGGUUGCCUGGUGAUUUCUUCGGCCACUAUGACCGGUUUCAUGUCAAGUACAUGAGAGAUAGCCUGGCCCGUUCGCAGGAGCUGCUGCACGCCAUCUAUGAGUCCAAGAUCCUCCCGAAUUUUGAGGCAAAUCUCGAUCUCUGCCCUGUGGCAGUCUUGCAGAUAAUGAUGGAUGCAGUCCUGGCGUCUUCAGUCGACUACUCCCUGGACGAUGGUCGAGGUCUUUUCGAGUUGGCCUCCCAGUUGGCAAGCUCUCUCGAGGAGGAUGGUGUCGAUGACGUGGCAGCUCUCAGAGAGGAGUGGGCUCAGGACACCGUCCACACGUACUCUUUCCUGCUUGGGCUCGAUGAAAACCACUGUCACGGUGCAGACCUGAAAAUAUAUGUCUAUGAUGUGCCCGAGAAUCUGACACGCCAUCCGCUGCAUUGCGUGUUAGGACAAUGGGGCACAGAAGUACUGUUCCACCAAUACUUUCUCAGCUCUGCGUGCCGAACGUUGGAUCCAGAGCAAGCCGAGCUUUUUUACGUACCAAUUUAUGGAACCUGCCUCUUCACAAAGGACGCGCUGGACAACGAUGCGGAUGCGUCAGAGAGGAUUUGGGAUCCAUUGAUCAGGCGCAUCUUUGCCCAACCCUGGGCCCAGCGGAACAAGCUGAUGGAUCACAUUUUUCUGUUUGCAGAUGGCCAGUCUGCUCGCAUUUGGGACUCGUAUGACUUGGUUCGCAGUGAGGCGGUCUUCUUGAUGGUGGAGUCGAAAUGUCCCACAUGGGACGAGCCCAUGCGAAGAUACAGUGACAUCAAAGCAUGCAGCUCCGGUUGGAAAGACAUCAUCAUCCCUGGGCAUAUUGACUAUGCGCGCCUGCAAGCGAUGCGGCGGUACAACCGGCCGACCGCGCAGCGAGAAUUGAUCAUGACAUUCCAUGGCAGCCACUCGGGCAACAAAGAGGUUUACGAUCAGUGCGCGGUCAGAGACAAGGUUAUGGAACUUGCCCAGUUUGCCGGAGUUGAUGUGGGCGGCUUCGUGCCCAACUACCUGGAGAUCAAGGGCAAUGCCCACUUUUGCUUGAUACCUGCCGGUACCUCGCCUUGGACGAACCAGCUGUACGAGAGCAUCCAGUGUGGAUGCAUUCCUGUUAUUCUGUCUGAUGAGUACGAAGUCGCCUUCCAGCAUCUUAUAGAUUGGAGACGCAUCAGCAUCAAGUGGCCAGAAGCGCUGGUUGGAAAGGAACUCUACGAAUUCCUUGCUUCGAUCUCACUGGAGACGAUAGCAGCUAUGAAGGCUGAUGUUGAUGAUCACAGCUGCUGGUUCGACUACUUCUCCACUCAGCCCGACUGUUCCCCGUAUGCAGCGGUGCUCGCCGCACUAGUCGACCGUCGGGAGCGUCGAUUGCAGGUGUACAGACAUUGGCAGCGGUUCUGGAAUGUGCCAAAGAGCGCUGACGGACAACGAGAAAUCGAGCGGCUCAAUGAAGAAAUAUCUGGCCUCCGUGAGAAGCUGGAGCGCUUCCAGGCAGCGCUAGCGGGCGAGCCCUCGUCAGUGCAGCAGAUUGAGGAGUUGGAUAGCCAUUUGCGCUUCGCUUCUGCCGAGGUUCAGCGCCUCCAGUCAGAGCUCGAAACUGUGAAGAAGCAGGAAAGGGCUUUGCAGAAAGGCAAAGCCAAAGAAUCAGCAGAGCUGGGCAAGGUCCUGCAGGAGAAACAGAAGAUGCAGGAGGAACUGAUUCGACUCCGCUCGCAGCUCCAACAUCGUGAAGCCAUCCCUUCCGCAGUGGUGCUCGCCGAGGAGUUGGAACAUGCACGGAGAGAUGCUGAAGCGAAAGAGCUCCAAAUCCAGGACUUGCAACUGGUGGGUACUCGCAUGGGCUCGCAGCUGAUCGAAGCCUCAGAGAAACAAAGGCAAGCUGAGCUGAUGCUGCGGCGGGUGCCGCAGAUGGAGAGCGAGAACCAGCAACUCCGCAGCGACCUCUCUGCGAAAGUCUCAGAGCUAGAUGAAGUCAACGAGAGAUUGUCGAAACUCGAGGACCAGCUGAGGCGACGCGAGGAGGCUGCGCCGGAGCUCACGGCUGCGGAGCUCCUGGCAACAGAGGCCGAGCGCCUGGAGGAGGUGUCGAAGAAGAGGAAAUUCGUCGCAGAUGGAGUCUUCAAUGCAGAGCUGAACGAGUUCUUGGCUCGGACCCUGGGUGAAGACGGCUACGCUGGUGUGGAGGUGCGAGUGACGCCGAUCCGGACCGAGAUCAUCAUUCGUGCAACACGAACUCGCGAGGUUCUUGGGGAGAAAGGGCGCCGCAUCCGAGAGCUCACCGCUUUGGUGCAGAAACGUUUCGGAUUUCCAGAGAACAGCGUGGAGCUCUUUGCCGAGCGUGUGGAAAACCGUGCGUCCUGUGCCAUGGCCCAGUGCGAGUCCCUGCGCUUCAAGCUCAUCGGAGGCCUGGCGGUGCGACGCGCGUGCUACGGUGUCUUGAGGUUCAUUAUGGAGAACGGAGCCAAGGGCGUUGAAGUUAUCAUCAGUGGCAAACUUCGUGCUCAGCGCGCAAAGGCUAUGAAGUUCAGGCAGGGCUACUUGAUUUCCACCGGCGAGCCGAAACGCCACUACAUCUCGGAGGCCGUCCGGCAUGUUCAGAUGCGACAGGGAACCAUUGGCAUCAAGGUGAAGAUCAUGAUGUCGCAUGAUCCAGAGGGAAAGAUGGGACCCAAAAUGCAGCUUCCAGACAACGUGAUCGUCCACGAGCCCAAGGACGAGACGCCCAUGAUGAUGCCUCCGCAGGAGAGGUUGAGAGUGUAG